GCACUUGUGUGGAAAUUAUUGGGCCGGACGAAUCUCUCUCUUUCUCUCUCUCUCUCUCUCUCCCCACUUUACAUCUUCUCCCGCAACCCAUGUGACAGUCUCGUCCCAAGUCUCUCUCCACUUUAUGUGUACUGAAAUUUUGACAGACCUCGUCUAUUAUCUUUGGAUUCUCUUGUGCAUUGAGAUUCCAGCCGCGUGAAGGCAACGACUCUAAGCACGUGGUUGACAAGCUUGACUUAGUGGUGCGAUUCUGGUUGCCAACUGGUUCCAGUAUAUAAAUCAAACCAAAAGAGAAUGGGCAACAAGAAGGCAUUUCCUGUUUCCUGAGAGGCAUUCUGGCUUUCUUCUCCGUCAGACUUGAAAGCGAAAAUCAAGAGGCAGAACCAGAGCAAAGCCGAAAUGCAUCGUCCCAUUUUUGGGCAUUCUUUCGCCGUGCUCGUGGCACCAAUCCUUCUCUCCGUGCUUGCGUUCAAUUUUCUCAAUAAGAAGAAAACUAGUGCACGUAGAAAUGCAGAAGAUGUUGAUACAAGCACAUCUGGUUCGAUGAUUGCGCCGAUAGAAAUAAAUUCCGAUGGAUCCAGUUCGUCUCUGACAGAAACUAACAACAGUGCAUCUAGUUCGUCGACCGCGUCAACCGGAAAAUGCUACGAGGUGUUCUUGAGCUUUAGAGGCCCAGAUACUCGACAAGGCUUCACCAGUCACCUCUACAAGGGGCUUGUUGAUGUUGGAAUCGAAGCUUUCAGAGACGAUGACGAGCUGUGCCAAGGCGAGGACAUCAGACCAGAGCUUUUGGCAGCCAUCACAAACAGUAAAAUCCUAAUCCCCAUUCUCUCCGAGAAUUAUGCUACAAGCAGUUGGUGCCUGGAUGAACUGGUUCAAAUAAUGGAGCGCAAGAAUAAUAACGGGCAGAUGGUGUUGCCUAUAUUCUACAAAGUGAAACCAGCUGAUGUGGGACAUCAAAUCGGGAGUUUUGGAAAGGCAUUUCAUGAGCGUGAGAGGCGUUUACUUGAGAGGCCUUCUUUCAACCCAGCGAUUUUGGAGAAAUGGAAGCAAGGACUCCUUGAAGUCAGCAACUUGAAAGGAUACGAAGCUGACGGGUUUGAAGCAGAAUUGGUGAAAUCAGUUGUCCGGAAAGUGUUGAGCGAAUUGAAGAAAAAGUUUGAGUUGGUUAUUUCUGAGAAUUUGGUUGGCAUUGAUAGUCAUGUGAAGAAGGUUGUGGAAUUUGUGGAUGAUAAAUCUCAUGCCACCCUAUUUAUUGGCAUCCACGGAAUGGGAGGCAUUGGUAAGACUACUCUUGCUAAAGCCAUCUACAACAAGCUCUCCAAUCAAUUCGAGCAUCGUAGCUUCAUUGCUGAUAUAAGGGAAUCAUGGGAGCGUAAUGGCGCAUAUUACUUACAGAAUCAGUUAUUCUAUGAUAUAUUGAAGCGAGAAAAUGAAGUUCGUAACGAGGAUGAAGGGACUCAGUUCAUCUCCUCCAAGUUUAAAGGUAAAAAGGUCCUUGUUCUUCUUGAUGAUGUGGAUAAUGUCCUUCAGUUGAAACGUUUGGCUGGUAAUCGUGAUUGGUUUUCUUCGGGAAGUAGGAUCAUUAUUACCACCAGAAAUGAGAGUAUUCUUGAAGAAAUUGGGGUGGACUACACCUAUGAGCAUAUGGAAAUGGAUAACAAUCAAUCUUUGAUUCUGUUUAGCAAACAUGCGUUUCGAAGGGACUCUCCUCUAACGGAGUUUAAGGACCUCACUCAUGAAGUUGUGUCCAUCACCGGAGGACUUCCCUUAUCCCUUGAGGUUUUAGGUUCAUUAUUGUGCGGAAAAAAGCUACCGUUCUGGAGAGGUACAAUAGACAAGUUAAAAAAAGUGCCUCCUAAGGAAGUGCGACAAAAGUUAAGGAUAAGUUAUGAAGCAUUAGACGAUGAACAAAAACAAAUAUUUUUGGAUAUCGCUUGCUUUUUGAUUGGCACUGACAAGAGAAUUGCAUCCUAUAUGUGGGACGCCUGUGGCUUUUUCCCUGAUGUGGGAAUUGAAGUAUUGAGAUUCACGUCAUUAAUAAAAAUUGGAGAUAAUCAUGAUCUCCGAAUGCAUGAUCAACUGAGAGAUCUUGGUAGGGAAAUAGUUCGCGAGGAAAAUCAGCGGGAGCCUCAAAACCGUAGCAGGUUAUGGGACUUUGAAGAAGUCCAGAAAGUGCUAAAGGAAAAUAAGGGAACAGAAAAGAUUGAGGCGAUUAUUCUGAGUAAAGGCAGCUUAGAAGGGUCCGAUGAAAUGGCUGAGCGAGAUGGCGACAUUUACACAACAAAACAAAUCAAGAAUAUGACGAAUCUAAGAUUCCUUCGUAUCGAAGAGGCAUAUAUCAGUGGAGAUUUUAAGGACUCAAUUGAGGAGUUAAAAUGGCUCCAAUGGCAAUGUUGUCCCGUGAAUUUUGAAGUAAAAAAUUUUAACUUAAAGAAAUUAUAUGUACUCGAAUUGCCGAAUAGCGAGAUAAAUGAGAAAUGGGAAGGAUGGAGUUCUUUCAUGACGGCAAAGAGGCUCAAAUAUCUCGACCUCACAUCUUGUCAUUGCUUGGAAAAUACGAUCUUCCUCUCCGCUUUUAAGCAUUUGGAGGUUCUGAUCCUCAAUUGGUGUUACGGACUGCACCAGAUCGAUCCUUCAAUUGGAGACAUGAAGGCCCUCCUUCGCUUGGAUUUGAUCGGGUGUUUGUCCCUUAGAAAGCUUCCAGCAGAAAUAGAGUCUCUGGAGAAUAUAGAGAUUUUGGAGAUUUCUCACACCGGUGUAGAAGAAUUACCCAAGGGUAUUGGGAGGUUGAGAAAGCUCCGAGAGUUAGAUGCUUCACGUUGCGACAAUCUGAAAGGGGAAUUGCCGGAGAGCAUGUGCAAUCUUUCUUCCCUACAACGCCUUGAUGUUCUUCGCUGCUGGGGGCUCCAAUCGCUGCCGGACCCUCUUCCUUCCAACUUAACAGAUUUGAGCGUCACCUGUGGAAGCCGCAAAUUGCCAUCACUUUCCCUCCUAACCCAUCUCAAGCGACUACGAGUUGGUUGCUGCGAAGUUCUGGAGUGCAUCGAAGUGCUUCCAUCAACACUAUUGAAGAAUUCAAAAUGCUCCCAACCGACAGACAUUGAAGAAUCAGAAUUACCACAAUCACUAAACACUCCCUUCGAGUUGGAACUCUUGACCGUUUGGAGAUGUCGAUCUAUUAAAACAGUGAACGUUUCGCAGUUUAUCCAUCUAAGGACAUUAGAGGUAGCUGAGUGCGAUAAUCUAGUUGAAGUUCGAGGUCUUGAACUUGACAAAUUGAUAUAUUUGGAAAGCUUGACUGUCUUCGAGUGCGAUUCAAUUGAGAGGCUGGUCCUUCCAAAAUCCAUGAGCCUGAAGAAAUUAAAUGCUCGAGCGUGCAAGAAAUUAGUAGAAAUUCAAGGCCUCGAUAGGUUGGAGUUUUUGGAAAGCCUGGAUAUCUCUAGGUGCGAUUCCAUUGAGAGGCUGCUCCUUCCAAAAUCCAAGAGCUUGAAGAAAUUAGUUGCUCGAUCGUGCAUAAAAUUAGCCGAAAUUCAAGGCCUCGAUAGGUUGGAGUUUUUGCAAAGGCUCGAUAUCUCUAAGUGCGCUUCAAUUGAAAGGCUGGACCUUCCAAAAUCCAGGAGGCUGAACAAAUUAGAAGCUGCUGGCUGCAAAAACUUAGCCGAAAUUCAAGCCCUCGAUACGUUGGAGUUUUUGGAAAGCCUGGAUAUCUCUGAGAGCAAUUCAAUUAAAAAGCUAGAUCUUUCAAAAUUCGGGGGGCUGAAGAAAUUAGAAGUAGCUGACUGCAAAAACUUAGCCGAAAUUCAAGGCCUCGAUACGUUGGAGUUUUUGGAAAUCCUGGAUAUCUCUAGGUGCACUUCAAUUGAAAAGCUAGACCUUUCAAAAUUCAGGGGCCUGAAGGAAUUACAAGUAGUUGACUGCAAAAACUUAGCCGAAAUUCAAGGCCUCGAUAUGUUGGAGUUUUUGGAAAGCCUGGAUAUUUCUGAGUGCGCCUCCAUUGAAAGGCUAGACCUUCCAAAAUCCGGGAGGCUGAAGAUAUUAAAUGCUAUUGACUGCAUAAGCUUAGCCGAAAUUCAAGGCCUCGAUAUGUUGAAGUUUUUGGAAAGCCUGGAUAUCUCUAAGUGCACCUCCAUUGAAAGGCUAGACCUUCCAAAAUCCAGGAGGCUGGAGAUGUUAAAUGCUGUUGACUGCAUAAACUUAACCGAAAUUCAAGGCCUCGAUACGUUGAAGUUUUUGGAAAGCCUGGAUAUCUCUAGGUGCACUUCAAUUGAAAGGCUAGACCUUCCAAAAUCCGGGAGGCUGAAGAUAUUAAAUGCUAUUGACUGCAUAAGCUUAGCCGAAAUUCAAGGCCUCGAUAUGUUGAAGUUUUUGGAAAGCCUGGAUAUCUCUAAGUGCGCCUCCAUUGAAAGGCUAGACCUUCCAAAAUCCGGGAGGCUGAAGAUAUUAAAUGUUGUUGACUGCAUAAUCUUAGCCGAAAUUCAAGGCCUCGAUACGUUGAAGUUUUUGGAAAGCCUGGAUAUCUCUGGAAGCAAGUCACUCAAAACAAUUCCAGAGUUAUAUGGAAUGCGGAUUUAUCAAAAUUACGACAACGUGCCAUUUCAUUAUCUCAGAUAUGGAUAAAAGAAUAUAUUUUACGAGCGAGUCCCUCAAUGUGUGGUAACGAAAAUACAUGAAGAGGCUUUCUAAGCGCAUCAUUUGUCAUUAGUCUGUAGGUAUUUCACUUCAUGCCAAAGGUCAUUGUGUAGGUCGAGAAAUGCUAAAUGAAGGGCCCUAUAUGUCGGUCCUUCUAAUGUGAGGUUUUAGUUUGCUCUGCACUCAUCAUGCAGUUCAUGACAGGAUGUUUCUAAGGUACCCUUACGAGUGAAUUUACGGUGCAAAAGGAGCAUGUUGAUAGGGCAUCCCUUCGUAUGCAUACUCUAAUGGCUUGGGAUAAAAUUUGUCCAACCAUUGUGUUCCACACAUUUUAUCUCACAGAACUGUCUGCAUUAGCUGAUUAAGGUGAUCGUAUUGGUCUAGAAAAGCUAAAUGCAAGAACAAGCUCUUCUCCUAGUGGUGUGGUUGUGAGUGAACUAGCAAACAGGGCAGAAGCAAAAGCAUCGUGAAUUUUUUGGAUUAAUCGAGAAAAUUGCAAUUCGAAUUUUUCUGACUAUGGAUCCAUGUUCAUUUGGUUUGAAUCCAGGAUAUCCCUAGUCCAAGACUAAUAAUAGAUUAUCCCAAAGAAUGAAUCUUGAUGUUUGUAGAGUUGGCAUAGCCAUCUGUCAUAUACCUGAAGUUUUGAGCCAAGCAAGACAAUUUUUUUUUGGGUCGGAACCAAGCAAGACAUUAACUAGAAUGUCUUUUGACAUAAUCAACUGUACUGUGAAAUAAUCCCUUACAUUGUGCAUAAGCUCUUGUUAGUGCAUUGACUUGUUGAAAAUAAAAACAGAGGAAGCAAUUCCAUAAGUUUCCUGAGGAAACUUUUCGGUAUCCUAUAUGCCAUUUGAAAUUGUCUUGCAUUAAUUCUAAUGCAUGAAUAGCUCAUAAUGAUAACGAAAAGAAUCAUACUAUGUCCCACAAAAGCAAGCAACAUGAGUUGAAUUCACUAUGUUAAUUUGAUCAAGGCUUCUGUGGUUGAUGAUGUUAGAUGUCCCAUUAAUUGGAUCCAAAGAGUUCAAAAAGAAUAUCGAGUUUGACAAACAGAGAUCCGUAAACUUUGGAGUAUUAUUACUAGUUCGUUGAUCUUAGUUGCUGAAUUGAUUCCAUUUGUCUCACUGGCAGGAUUCACUUAUCAUUCCAUAGCAUGAUGUAAAUGCUGAAAUAUCCAAGAGAGCUUUCGCAAAGCAUUUCUAAAAGGAAUUGAAAUCAUAAAAGGAUCAGGAGCUCGAUGUUCCAGGAACUUCACCAAGCCCUGACAAUGCAUCCUUGGAAUGGUAAUGGUUGUUAGCAUGUUGUCAUCCCACAUUGCCCUCAUUAUAUUUGGCAGAAGCUUUGCGGAACUGAAACUGUCAACCUCCAUUCCCGUAAUCAAGUGAAGAUGGCGGAGUGACAUCCGGAGAAGGAUUUGCUGUCGAUGGUUACGGAGGACUUGAAGGUGGUGCUUCAUCGCUUCAAUUGGCAGAGGCUGUGGACAGUCUCUCUUGAAAAAAAGAACUUCAUCAAGUUGCCCAACAGGCUUUGAACAUUGAAGAUUUACUUCAUGUCAUCCUGACAUCAUUAUCAGUCAUGGAUAAGCAGUGGGCUGAUGCCAUCAACAUAUUUCAUGAGAAGUUUGAUGUGCUGUCAAACCUUUUAAGACGAAUUUUUGAGUCUUCUCGAAGGUGUCAGGACCAGUCGUGCAGUCCAUCAGUUUCUUGUUAAUUCGCUGGGUGAAGUGCCUGCUGUAGAAAUUAUUGGCUUUAGAAUGAGUGAGCUCAAGGGUCUUUCAAGAUGGCGUUCUCAUUAUCUAGGUAUUGGUUUGGAUGAGACACUGGUGGAUAAUGCAGUAGAAAAGGCUGGAAUGCUGCUUGUACAGGUUGAGGGAUUCAUGAGGGUGCUCUCAUCUGUUGUGCAGCCG